AUGUUUAUCGAUAAAUCAAAAUUCUUUAAUCCAAAUGAUGCUCCAUAUUAUAAUCCAAUUGAUGAUCAUAAAGUUGUUUUAAUAACUGGUGGUAAUUCUGGUAUUGGUUGGUAUACUGUUUUACAUUUAUAUUUACAUGGUUAUAUUAUUUAUAUUGCAGGUAGAACAGAAUCAAAAGUCUUAAAAGCAAUUGAAGAUAUUAAAAUUGAAGCUAAGAAAAGAAGAGAUACUGAAAAAGAACAACAACAUCCAUUGGGUGAAUUGAAUUAUAUUUAUAUUGAUUUAUUAGAUUUAUCUACUGUUCCAAAAGCAGUUGAAAAAUUCAAAUCACGUGAAAAAAAAUUGGAUAUAUUAAUUAAUAAUGCUGGUAUAAUGGGUAUUCCGUAUGAAAUUACAAGAGAUGGUUAUGAAGUACAAUAUCAAGUUAAUUUUGUAUCACAUUUCUUAUUAACUUUACAAUUAAUUCCACAAUUAAAAGCAAGUGAUUUCGGUCCAAGAGUUAUUAAUUUAUCUUCAAUUGGUCAUAAUUUUGAAUUUAAACAUUAUACACCCGAACAAAACACUUUAAAAAAUUGGCCCAAUUCUUGGUAUACUUGGGUUAGAUAUGGUAUUGCAAAAACAACACAAAUUCAAUUUUCAAAAGAAAUGUCAAAAAAAUAUCCAAGUAUAUUAACAAUUGCAAUACAUCCAGGUAUUAUAUUAGGUACUGAUUUGUAUAAAUAUUGGAAAACUAUUCCUGUUGUUAAAUAUGGAAGUAAAUUGGUUUUCAGUAUAAGUGAUAAAGUAAUGGGUGUAUCAAAUGAAGAAGGUGCAUUAGCUACAUUAAGAGCUGCAAUGGAUCCAAAUUUAUCAACAACAAAGAAUAAUGGUGAUUAUUUUGUAACUGGUGGUGUAAUAGAUACACCACUGAAAAUUGCAAGAAAUGAAAAAUAUUGUAAAGAAACAUGGGAUUGGAAUUUAGAACAAUUAAUUAAGAAAGGGUAUGAAUUGGAUAAUAUAACAGAAGUUGAUGAAAAGAAUUAA